CCUACUAUCGUUAACAUUUUGCAGGAGUUCGCUGGCGUCUUUCCACAAGACGUGCCAUCGGAAUUACCACCUAUUAGAGGGAUUGAGCAUCAGAUUGACUUAAUUCCCGGUGCAUCACUACCCAACCAUGCACCAUACCGUACCAAUCCAGAGGAGAGGAAGGAGAUUUUGCGUCAAGUACAAGAGCUGCUCGACAAAGGUUAUAUACGCAAAUCUCUUAGUCCUUGUGUUGUUCCUAUUAUUCUAGUGCCAAAAAAGGAUGGUACAUCGCGUAUGUGUGUUGAUUGUAGAUCCAUUAAUAAUAUUACUAUUCGUUAUCGUCAUCCUAUUCCUAGGCUAGAUGAUAUGCUUGAUGAAUUAAACGGCUCUACAAUUUUCUCCAAAGUUUAUUUGCGUAGUGGAUACCAUCAAAUUCGCAUCAAAUUGGGAGAUGAAUGGAAAACAACAUUUAAAACUAAGUUUGGCUUAUAUGAGUGGUUAGUUAUGCCUUUUGGAUUGACUAAUGCACCUAGCACUUUCAUGAGAUUAACGAAUGAGGUUUUACUAUCUUUUCUUGGCUAUGUUGUUGCUCCACAGGGAAUUGAAGUUGAUAAAGCCAAGAUUGAAGCUAUUGAGAGUUGGCCGCAUCCCAAAACGGGUAAAGCAAAACUGAACCAUAGACAUACUAAAUGGGUUGAAUUCAUUGAGACUUUCCCAUACGUCAUUAAACACAAGAAGGGUAAAGAAAAUGUUAUUGCUGAUGCUUUGUCUCAUCUUUAUACUAUGCAUUCACAACUUGACUUUAAAAUAAUUGGUUUGGAGACCAUCAAAGAUCAAUAUGUGCAUGAUGCUGAUUUCAAAGAUGUGUUGGAGAAUUGUAAAGAAGGAAGUACAUGGAACAAGUUCAUCAUUAAUGAUGGAUUUGUGUUUCGUGCUAGCAAACUAUGCAUUCCAGCUAGCUCCCUUCGUAUUUUGUUGUUACAGGAGGCACAUGGAGGACGAUUUAUGGGACACUUUGGCAUAAAGAACACGGUGGACGUUAAUUUUGAUGCUAAAGAAUGUGCUGAUUCGAUAUUAUAG